ACUUGCGUCAGCUUUAAGCACCGAGCCGCCUCAGAUCGGCACUCGCCGUUCCAAAAAUGUUUGUUUCUUUCAUGCUUCUGUGGUUCUGUGUUGUCUUGCUUGUUGUUUGUCUCAAAUGUCAGAGACCCAAGAACUUUCCUCCUGGACCUUGUCCACUGCCGGUGCUGGGGAACUUACUGAACCUCAGCAUAGACAACCCCAUGACAGACUUUGAGAGGCUGAGGAUGUGCUAUGGCAACAUCUACAGCCUGUUCAUUGGUCCCAAACCUGCUGUCGUCAUUAAUGGGGUGCAGGCCAUGAAGGAGGCCAUGAUAACUAAAGCCGUGGAUUUCGCUGGACGACCCCAGGACAUUUUUGUCAGUGACCUCACACGAAACGGAAUGGUUCUGGCAGACUAUGGCCCGAGUUGGAAGGAGCAUCGCCGAUUUGCUCUGAUGACCCUGAGGAAUUUUGGUCUGGGGAAGACGUCCAUGGAGCAGAGGAUUCUGGGAGAGAUGGAGUUCACAGUGGAUAUCUUGGAGAGGAGCAUUGGUACAAACGUAAGCCCUAAAGUCAUGUUUCACAACGCAGCCUCCAACAUCAUCUGCCAGGUUCUGUUUGGGACACGUUACGACUACGACGACGACUUCAUCAAAGUGGUCGUUCAGUGCUUUAAGGAGAAUUCUAAGAUCGCUAAUGGGCCCUGGGCGUUGCUGUAUGACUUCGUACCCAUGAUUCGAAACCUUUCUCUGCCCUUCACAAAGGCCUUUAAGAACAUGGAGACGUGUAAGAAACUCGUAACUCGUCUCAUUACUGAGCACAAAGAGACCAGAGUCUGUGGGCAACCGCGAGACUUUCUGGACUGCUAUUUGGAUGAGCUGGAUACGAGAGGUGACGAUGGCUCCUCUUUCUGUGAGGAGCGACUCGUUAUGUUUGUCCUGGAUCUUCACUUUGCUGGCACCGAAACUGCAUCCAACACCCUGCUGACUGGCUUCCUCUACCUCAUGACCUACCCCCAUAUUCAAGAGAGAUGUCAGCAGGAGAUAGAUCGUACACUGCAAAAUAAGGAUCACGUCACUUAUGAUGACAGGCACAAUAUGCCUUACAUGCAGGCUGUGAUCCAUGAAGUCCAGAGAAUAGCCAACACUGUCCCUCUCAGUGUCUUCCACUGUACAACACGAGACACGGAGCUCAUGGGAUAUUCCCUCCCCAGGGGCACAUUAAUUAUCCAGAACCUGCACUCGGUGCUGAAUGAGGAGGAACAGUGGAAAUUCCCUCACGAAUUCAACCCUGAAAACUUCCUGAAUGACCAGGGAGAGUUUGUUAAAGCAGAGGCUUUCAUGCCGUUCUCUGCAGGUGCUCGUGCGUGUCUCGGAGAGGGCCUGGCUCGUAUGGAGCUCUUCCUCAUCAUGGUGACUUUGCUAAGGAAGUUCGAGUUUGUCUGGCCUGAGGAUGCGGGACGGCCAGACCUCACACCGGUGUAUGGCGUCACUUUGUCUCCCAAACCUUACUGUAUGAAGGUUCAGCUCAGAACUACUCACUGCAGAAAUAUAGAAAGUUAAUACAAACUGAUGGACAUGUGGCAAGUACCAGCGUUUACUCCACGACAUUUACCAAAUAAAUUGUGUACUUCUACUCCACUUAUAUUUCCCCUAUCUCUGUUACUCGUUACUACCAAAUGAAAUCAGAAGAAGAAUUGUUAAUGGUCUAUUUAUAUAGCGCUUUUCUAGUCUUGAUUAGUACAAUUUAUAUGAGAAAAUUACUUUUGAUACUUGAGUACACUAAAUGUCAUACGCUCACUGAAUGAGUUUGCAUUAGUGUAUUACAUGAGCAAUUUGACAGUAACAUUUUCUUUAUUUAACUCUGAUGGGGAAAAAAAGACACUACAUCUGCGUAAUGCCUCCCCCAAGUGGUCAAAGUUAUGUAUUGCAUGUAAUAAGGAGUUGCAUUUUUAAACGGCAAAGCCUCGUGGGGCCAAGUAGUAACUCUUUAAGUCAUAGUAAAGAAACAAUAUGGUAAUCAUUUUGAAAUAUACAGGUUUGAUUAUA